AUGCGACGGAUAAUGAGGAAUAGGAAGUUUGGACAGCGUCCGGCUGUUCCAAACGGAAAUGUAGUUACAUAUCUCGAUAUUAUCAAUGUAGAAACUUGGAAGGUAGGAGAAAACACGCCAGAUGCCAAAUUGGCAGCCGCUAUUCUGCAACUGACAAAGGAUAGAGAACGCAGAGGUGAAUGCCCUUCAGAAACCACCAUUUAUGUAUUUUAUGUUAACAAUGAGAGGGAAGUGCUCAAGUGGUAUUCUGCAAUGCGCGCAUUGCGGCUUGAUAACGGCGAAUCACGCAGUCCAAGACGAAGGUUUACCCGAGGUGGAGCACCGAGUGGUUUAUGGACAUUGCAGCACGAUUCACAGGUUAUUAAUGCAACAUGGAACCGUAGUACAACGUGUAAGCCAAAUAAAGUUCUGGUAACCAUAACGAAUGAUAUGAUCGCACAUGUUUGGCGUGUUGGACCAUCACAGGGUUUACCUGAGCUGUUAGCACACAUUGACAUAGGUGAAGAGGUUUUCGGGACUGGAGUAACAGCGUGUUGGAUAGAUAGGAAUUUCACUAUAACGGACAGUAUAUUCACCGAUAAGGAAUAUAUAAUUUUCCAUGAAGUCCUGGAAACCACGAAAUCGGCCGCCAUUGUCGGUCUUGAUAAACCAGGACACUGUGACGUAGAAGUUGGCGAAUACAUAGACACACACAAUUCGACAUCAAGCAGGAACGGGGAGAAUACACGGCGUUGUAGUGUCCACAAACAACAUUUCAAAAUAUUCUUAGUACAAGGGGUACAGUCACCGAAUUGCAACGUCCACUUUCAUUGUGUACUCAGCCAUGUAGACAUGGCAUUGCCCUUGUUUAUAGAUGAUAUAGUGUCGGCUGAAGUAUGUGAACACACUUUAAAAUCUGGUGUAGUCACCAUAUACGCCCAGGAUACCAUGCGACCAAACAGGGUAACACCAAGAUGCAGCUUCCAAAUGAGUAGAUGGAUAACUACGGCAUCACGUAGCAUCAAUACAAUUGUAUCAGAAGAGUGGCAUGAUGAUAUGCUGGGAUCACAAGUCGCAUUCGGGGUAGACAGGUUUCUACCACCGUGUACAAUCACAGCAGUCAACGAUAUCGGAUUUACAGUACAAUUGCUGAUAGCACCAUGCGACCUGUACCUAAAAGAUUGUAAUGUAGACGUAGGGGACACCGUUAUAGGACUAGUCGGACGAUAUAUCUGCCAUGCGUACUCGCCGCUCUUUAUAGAGCCCUCGGAACCACUCGAUCUGGACAGGAAACAAAAUAUAGAUGACGUUAUGUUGGAUAAAUUUAAAUCAAAGAAACGUGUUAUAGACGUUGAAUGGAUGUAUGACAAUGCAUGGUUCCUGGCAUUUCUCUUGUACAGCACAGGAAAAAUCGAACUAUACCGUGCAGUCAGCUACAACCAUGCCAUAAACCAUCGCAGCACUAUUGUAGUACCCCAAGCUACACGGGUAAGCGCAAUAAAGAUAUUACACUGCAAGGAUAAAGUGUUGGUUGGCAUGUUUGUUAUUGACAACGAGGGUGACGCAAAGUUCAAUAUCUACAGAUGGAGUGCAUCGGCCCUUAUGUUGGACUCUUCCUGGCCGUUUCAUGAGUUGCCAAAGGUUAAAGAUCUAAUCGUAGCUUUCGAUGUGUGGUACGAAGGAGGUCCAUUCUACUUGGUAUCACCGGGAUUACUGGCUAGCAGUGAUAAUGACACUUAUAACGCGGUCCAUGUCUACCUCAUACGUGGCUCAAAUAUCGAACAUUGGUUAACCAUAGCGGAUACCCAUUUGCUAAAUGUGUUCACUGGGGAACGGCGGCAGCUGCCAUCGGAUGUAAUUGGUGCGAGAUACGGCAUUGAUAACGACAAACUAUUGUGCCACUUGGGUGGAGAGCGCGUGGUACGUGCCCACAUCGCCGAUGGCACCGAAGAUACACUCAAGCCUCUACGUAUAUACCACCCCAAGUAUAUCAUGGUAUUUUUGGAACUGGGGAUGCGCAGGUUUGUAGACGAGCUUGUUGGAGAUUUAGUUGAAGCAUGCCGUACGUUCCUUUCAAGUUUAGCUGAAACCGGGUUCUGUGGAUCAAAUAAUUCAUCAACAUAUGCCUGUGACUGUGUCAUAAUAAAGGCCAAGAAUGGAGAGAUUUUCACAGACUUGAAUCGUGUUCUAUCCUUUAGGUUUCUUCAAACUUUCGCCACACUCAUCCAUGCCAGUUCAGCUCAAAUUUUCGGAGAUGUGGUUGAUGACCACACAUCAUCCGUUGAUAUUAAAGAGGCGAUACCUACCAACGAGCUACUUCUAUACCUACAGCAUAUACGACUGCCAGGGCUAAUGUGGGAGGACCAAAUCGAACUUAUGCAUGUCGUCGAAAGGUUACGGCCAAAGUGCGGUACCGAACUAUUUGUUAACACACCAUCAUAUCAUGCACCCAAAACAUCAGGAAUGGACACCGUCACCAAUUUCCUGAGGAUGAGUGAAAAGAUGCAAUCGAAAGAAUUUGAUGUUGACGAUACUAUAGAUUUCAGAUUGUCAGUCGAGAUUCAGGACUCAAAUGAAGACACCGCACUCAAUGCAUCAAUGCUAUGCCCGCUCGUGCGAAUGGCACAAAAUCUGCUCAAAUCUGCUGAUGAUGAGGAAAAGGUACAUGUCUGGAGAACAAAUGAUGAGCUCGUAAGCCUGACGCUACCACCGAAGAUCACUACUGACGAGUUCUGCCUAAGUAGAUGUAUAGAUUGUAUCAAAUUUGGAAAUAGUGAUGAAGAUCAUUUGGUAUGGGCUGUGCUCUACAGGGAUGACCACAACCUAUUCUCCACCAUGCUCUCAAUGUUACCUUCGGAUGAUGAUCUAUCGGUGUGCCAGCACCUCCUUAAUUAUAUGAAAGAUGUUGGACUGGGAUAUUGGCUACAGAGCCCGUCGUCGUUAGAGUUGUUUUGUAAUACACUAGAAAAGGGGUUCCGUAAACUUAUUGCCGUUACUGAUACCGGUUGCACUGUCAAUGUGUUCGACGAAUUUGGAUUUUGGUCAAUCUUACGCGGUAAACCGCUAGUUUACGGAUGUGUACUGAAAGCAAAAGGGUUCGGUAAAUUAGGAGAAUUCUUGUCAAACGAUUUUACAGAAGAGAGAUGGAUCAACGCUGCUGUAAAGAAUGCAUAUGCACUUAUAGCACAAAAACGCUAUUUGUUGGCUGCAGGGUUCCUAGUUUUAUCAGGAAGAGUUACAGAUGCCGUAGAUGUCUGUUUCCAGUAUAUGGACGACGCUCAACUUGCCUGCAUUAUAUGCAGGCUACGUAACCAUGAUCUACAGUAUGCACUUAAUUUGAUGAAGGACUCGAGGAUCAAAGAUGUUUUGGAAUAUAAAACAUCUGAUAAACAUGCAUCAACAAUAGAAGUCACUACCGUGGAACACUUGGUGUACUACCUAUACAUGGGUAUGCGGUUCAAUCGCGCAGACGUCAAGAGCAUGAUAGAAACUACUAAGAAGUGCGCAGACGGAUACAGGGCUAGGGGUAUGCCUCUGGCUGCCCUUGUGAUCAACACACUCGAUCUCACGAAUGAAACCACCAUGUGGACACCAAUGGUUGCCCAAGCCACCUUGCAGUACCUGUUGAAGGACGAUGACAGGGGCUCGUAUCUAGAGGAAUGCCUUAACAUCUUGCGAGAUUUCUGUGACGAAAGGAUACAUAAAUCUGGAAGCAAUGUGUCAAAUUAUGGCAGUGAACCUGGCGCUAGGAAGUUAAGCGCUUUGAGAGACUCAGGGAGUGACCUUGAUAUACUAUCAUGUGAAGGAACUGUGAUUUUCCCAGAUGUUGAGGAUGAUACACCAACUAGUAAAGAAGCCGCAGAUAGUUUCCAAUUGUAUAUCAUACAUAUGAUAAACCGAAUAAAGGAACGGUAUAACCUCGAGGUCACGGUAGGUUAUGGGACGACCAAGAUAUCGCUUAAUCGUGGAGUGUUCGACACAGUGUGGCAGAUGCCUAACUAUUUUGCGUACCUGAGUAAACUGUGUAUCGGUUUCUUUGAAGGUGCUACAUCGGUAAAUGGUACUCUGAUGUUAACCCUCAUCCUGAGAGCGAUUGCAGAGAGCAAAGAGGACUUUACUUCAUGCGUAAUGUUAGCCAUAGCCUCAUUGAUUGUAAUAUCGUGUUUCGAUCGUGGAGAUACAGGACAAAUAUACGAUGCCUGUAUGGGACAGCUGGUAGUCCUCAAUAGCCUUCUGAACAACCAAGGGUCAGGAGCACAGUUCCUAGCGUGCCUCCUAAGAACUGUGGAACCACUGUGCUUCGGUUCUAGAGGGAGGACACUGGAGCCGCAAUGUCUCAAUCUCCUGAAUUAUAUUGAAAAUCCACAGAAACAUUCAUUCUUUGGUAUGUGUGCUGGGACAGCUGUGCUGGAGACCCUUUUGGGAGUAUGUCGCAAUUGGUUUUACAAGGUGGCAGAAAAUUCCGAUCCAAUAUCUCAGGGAUGGAUAGAUCGUUUACUACAUUCCGCAUCGAAAUAUCUAUUUUGUCAUGCUAAACGAGAACUUGUAGAGAAUGCUUUGGACGCUGCUGGGAUAGCCUAUCCAAUGCUUUCUUUGCGGAUAGGACUUGAAAACCCAGUGGAUUGUAAGGUACAAGAUGAAGAAUGUCAUGUAUACGAUACAUUUUUUGAAAGUUAUGUAGCUUCAAUGUAUGGCCCCGAGUUUGAAAAAUUAUGGAGGUUUCUACAAUGUGGACUUCGUACGGCCAGCAUGUUUGGCCGGCACUUGCGUCCUACACGGUUAUGUGGCCCACGUGCUAAAAAUGGUAACACCAGGGUAGUAUGCACCGAAGGACCGCCUGCAGAGACAACAACGAACACAAAAGCAUUGCCUUUGGUCAUGCCACUUGCAUCAAUGUUCUCAUCCCCUCAUGUAUGGAAUCAAGAAUAUGUUGCGGCGCAGGCUAAGGCCACUGAACGAAAUAAAAAUGGCACUUCGUGCAACAAUACAAGUGAUAUGGCCGUUCUUGAUGCUUUGAGGACUUUAAGGUUUAAAUCGCUACACUCAUUCAAGGGCAAACUCAUAUCAUCACUUUAUUCGAUGGUCAGCACAACUAUGUGCGGUGAUCUCAAGGGGUUCACUACCAAUGCUAUCGUAGGGCCAGUGUUGAACGACUUUUAUGUAAUGGCUAUAUUGAAUGUCCCAGGGUCAGGUAAGCUUUCCAGCUUAUCCGAGGAACUGUCACAAACUGUGGAUAAUGUGGUCUAUUCCAAUUUACACAAUAGAAAAUCAGCGAUACCAUCAUACGCCUUGUAUGCGAAACUACUAAGGAUCAUGUAUGCCUAUUGCAAGAACCAUCUGGAGAAUAUGUACUCAAUGAAGAAGGUAUCGAAGUUUAGUAAGCUCGCUGACAAGUUAUAUGGAUACUUCCACACCUGCAAUGAACCGAAGGAUCAUGUUAUAGGUGGCCCCUCUGGUGGUAUAUGCGGACACCCACGGUGGCCUUUAUAUGCAGUCGUCUACGGUGAAAACCAACCGGGGCAGAUGCCAGCCUAUAAUGUAACUCUACAACAUCCAGUGACACUUAUGAGAGGAUAUCGUGAUGCAUUGGGUGAUUCAGAACAUAGCUGUGAUGAGGAGAUCGUCUACGAUCGUCUAACAGGUGGACGGUUGAACACCGGUCAGGGUUCUGUCUUUGGCGACCUCUGUAGUGUAGGAUGGACAGGUGAUAUGCUUUCAGUUCUCGACCGAAAUGGUUGGCUGCUUGUUUAUAAUACCAGGGGUAUGGUGCACAUGGAAGAAGAGGAUGUGGAUAUAGCUAUACCGACUAUUUAUUUCAGACCACAUUAUGCGGGAACAACGGCAAGCUGGUUAUCAGAAUUUUUUAUAGCUACUAUUGGAUAUGGAGUAUCACAUGAUGUGAUGACACAUCAAGUUAUUGUGAUAGAUACCAAGCAAGAUGAGGUGAGAUGUCAAACGAGCAGCACUCUCUCCAAAUUAUCUAGUUCAGUGUUUAAUGAUUCUAUGGAAUUUGGAGGAUAUGGACGCAGUGACAGCGACCAUUUAUCCAGGGCAAUCACGGAACACCGGCAGCCAUGCCUAUGUAUAUGGGACCUGGUGGAUCUACAUCAUAACAAUUCACCGAAGUUGAAGGUAGUUUUGGCGAACAGUACCAAUAUAACACAUUCGUUCUUCAAUAAAAAGAAGCAGACACUCCCGCAAGUCAGUUUCACGUGUAUGCUUCCAAUACCAACGCCUAACUUUGACCCGAACAACGCAUCUACUGUGGAACAUGAUAUUGUUCUUUUCGAUUCACUGGGCAGCAUGUUGUUCUUCUCUGCUUCUGCAGAAGAGAUCACUGUAUCGUGUCAUGUCCAUUCAUGUCCUGUGAUCAAGUGUUUCUUUGUUGACGGCAAUAUAGUCGCCGUAUCACGUGAUGGCGCCGUUUCUAUGUUCAAGUAUAACGGUGUCUUUUGUGAGCCCACUAGAGUGUUCGAAGGGACAGCGCAGACACGUGUGGAUACUACCGAUACCAGUUCUAACACCAGCUUGGUUACAAGUAUUGGCGAGUACUUGGGUAUCAAGUUUAUCGACAAUUCUUCGAAGGAUAGUAGCUCAAAUGUGCCUGCGGCAUGCACGGAUAUCGUUGACGCACAGAUUGUGCAAAACAAAUUCCUGGUUCUUACCACAGCAGCGGGAACUACCAGUGUGACAGAGUUACCGUGUUAG